CGCCAGCUCUAUGAUUACUUUGUAGCAGCGGAUUUCAGUUGGUGCCCGGUACGGUAUAGUAUAGUGCAUCUACGAAUUUACGUUUCGGUGUUUGUGUUGCUGUCAAUCUCAGCAGCUGGAAGGCUAUACUCCUGGAUUAUCUGAAACUACGGUAUUGUCAUUUAGUUUUGUGAGCUUUUUAUAUUGCGUUUGUAUACGCAUUGGACCGUAUGGAGGGAUGUCGCGAUGAUGGUCUGCUCUAGGAGAACCAAAACUUUGGUGUCGACAUGCGUAAUUUUGAGUGGCAUGACCAAUAUUGUCUGUCUUCUCUACGUCGGCUGGAUCACUAAUUAUGUGGCCAAUGUGACCACCAAAGUCUCAGAGCCAGAACCGGAGAGAAAGUUUGAAGAUGACAACAAGGGAGAAACUCUGAAGAUUAUAGAGCGACUGGACCGACUGGAAAAUGUGGUCAACCAACACAUCCAAGAGGUGCCCCAGAAGGGUAGUGAUGAAAAAGUAGGGGAGUCCCUCUCAGACUCCUCCCUGUUUGUCCGCUGGGGUCAUGACCUUGGUCCUGAGAGUCGUCGUGUGGCGCUGCAGAAGUUCCAGUACUACGGCUACAACGGUUACCUCAGUGACCGCCUCUCUCUGGCCAGACCCAUCCCAGACCUCAGACCUGAUGGGUGCAGAAACAUGUCGUACCCCACCAAUCUCCCACAAGUAAGUAUCAUAUUUAUCUUUGUGAACGAGGCCCUGUCGGUCAUCCUGCGCUCCAUCCACACAGCCAUGAACAGGACUCCCUCCCACCUCCUCAAGGAGAUCAUCCUGGUCGACGACAACAGCAACAAUGCUGAGCUGAAGGAGAACCUGCAGAACUUUGUGAAGGAAACCAACUCCCAGCGGCCAGACUUCAUCAAGGUGGUCCGCCACGACAAGCAGGAGGGGCUGAUCCGCUCCAGAGUCAGUGGGUGGAGGGCCGCCAGCGCCCCCGUCGUUGCCCUGUUCGAUGCCCACGUGGAGUUCAACAUUGGAUGGGCCGAGCCCAUUCUUCUCAGGAUCAAGGAAGACAGAACGCGCAUCGUCUCGCCGUCGUUUGACAACAUCAAAUAUGACACGUUUGAGAUCGAGGAGUAUCCGCUGUCUGCUCAGGGCUUCGACUGGGAGCUGUGGUGUCGCUACCUGAACCCACCCAAAGCCUGGUGGACCCAGUACAACCACACCGCCCCUAUCAGGAGCCCAGCUCUUAUUGGCUGUUUUGUGGUGGACAGGAAGUACUUUGAGGAGAUUGGCCUAUUGGAUGAGGGAAUGGAGGUCUAUGGUGGAGAGAAUGUGGAGCUUGGCAUCAGGGUAUGGCAGUGUGGAGGCAGUGUGGAGGUCCUGCCCUGUUCUCGGAUAGCCCAUAUCGAGCGUGCUCACAAGCCCUACACUCAAGAUCUGACUGCUCAUGUGCGACGGAAUGCGCUGAGGGUGGCCGAGGUGUGGAUGGACGAGUACAAGAACCACGUUUACAUGGCCUGGAACAUCCCUCCACAGGACUCAGGGAUUGACAUAGGGGACCUCACGGAGAGGAAGGCUUUGAGGAGCAGACUGCAGUGUAAAUCUUUCAGCUGGUUCUUGGCCAACAUCUACUCAGAGAUGAGAACCUACAGUGACACUGUUGCUUAUGGAGUGUUAAAGAACAUGCUGAGGAGUGACCUGUGUCUAGACCAGGGGCCUGACUCAGACAACAUCCCCAUCCUGUACCUCUGUCAUGGGAUGACACCACAGAACGUGUACUACACAAACUCACAUCAGCUUCACCUGGGGGUCUUGAGCCCCACCAUCGAUGACGAUGACAACAAGUGCCUGGUGGAUGUGAACAACCGGCCGCGGCUCCUGGAGUGCAGCUACGCCACAGCCAAGCGCAUGAAGCUCGCCUGGCUGUUUACUCAGGAACUGAGGAGUUUGGCACAUGCAAACGCCAGGGUUGUGAGUUCGAUUCCCACGGAGGGCCAAUACGAAGAAGGAGGCUCCAUAGAAAACAUGAAUUCCAAACGUUGCCUGGAGCUGGUAGAGAACGGCGAAAUGGAGUUUGGCUACCAGCUGGCCAUACAGAAGUGCUCUGGUCAGAAAUGGACAAUCACCAACCUACUGUCAACCUACACUCUCCAAUGAGGGGAUCCUGAGUCCUGCAGGGGAAAGAGCUGCCCAUGGUAAACACUGGACUUGUGACUGACAGACAUCGAAGCUUUGCUUCUUUAAAAAUCGAUUUAUUGAGGCAAUAAUUGAAUUAUAAGUAUGCUGACACUUUUAGUACCUUGAUGUCGCUUAGACUCAAAGACAUCAUUUGAUAAAUGUAAACAAUGUCCUUUGUUAAUAUAUGGGAUUGAACUGGCAGACUUGGGUCUACAGUGAGACUUAAAUGUUUCAAUGUAUUUUGAGGAGAUUGUCUUUUGUCACUGAAUUCAGGCUUGCGUUGGCUCUAAUAUACAUUGUAAUUUAUGCUACUGUGUAGCAUGUUUUUGAAAAACCUUUGUUAUUCUUGUUUGGUUUGUUUCUCAGGUUUGUAGAUUGAAUGUUAUUAUGAAAUCAAGUCGGUGGUUUCAAAGAACUGUUGCCAAUAUGUUGGGAGAAUAUACAAGCUAUUUUAUAAGUGUAUACUGGAUAUUUAUAAAAACGCU